GGCGAGCGGGGCGUGCGGGCCGGCCUCAUGCACUGCGCCAGAGUAUUAGACUACUUUCCUCACAAACAAGCAAUGGCUGUGGAUGUAGCAAUGCAGCUAUACCUAUGCUCUUCACCUUUACAAAGAGAGAAGUGUGCCUGCAAAAUUGCUCCAAAGCCAAGCAAGCCGUUGCGGCCCUGCAUCCAGCUGAGUAGCAAGGCUGUGCUGAAUGGACCAGGAGAGGCAGCAAACUCCUUCACACACAACAAAGUGAAGAAGAGGGUGUCAUUUGCAGAUAGCAGAGGCUUUGCUCUGACGAUGGUGAAGGUGUUCUCGGAGUUUGAUGAUCCAUUAGAUAUUCCUUUCAACAUCACUGAGCUGAUAGACAACAUUGUGGGUCUGACAACAGUGGAGAGGGACAGCUUUGUCCUGGAUUUUGUUCAGCCCUCUGCGGACUACCUGGACUUCAGAAACCGCCUCCAGGUAGAUUGUGUCUGCCUUGAAAACUGUACGCUAAAGGAGCGAUCUGUUGUGGGAACAGUGAAGGUGAAGAACCUCGCUUUUGAAAAGACUGUGAAGAUCAGGAUGACAUUUGACACCUGGAAAAACUUUGUAGAUUACCCAUGCCAGUAUGUCAAGGAUACGUAUGGAGGGUCAGAUCGGGACACAUUUUCCUUUGACAUCAGCUUGCCUGAGGGGAUUCAAUCCCACGAAAGAGUAGAGUUUGCCAUCUCCUUUGAGUGCAAUGGCAAGGUGUACUGGGACAGCAACAGGGGCACUAAUUACAGGAUCAUACGGUCAGAACUGAAGUCUGCCCAGGAAGCCAUCUGCCCCCCACAGGGCCCUGACUUUGGUGGUGCCUUUGACCAGUUUGGGAGUCCUCGGUGCUCCUAUGGCCUCUUUGCUGAGUGGCCCAGUUAUUCAGGCUAUGAGAAGCUGGGGCCUUACUAUUGACCCAAGGACAAAGUCCUAAUUGACUAACUGUUGCUGGCAUGUCUGCUGGCCUAGGAGCCUGUCUGAAUGUGAGGUGUUUAGAAAGGUAGAAGAAGUGUGGCUCUGGGAAGCUCUGCAUAAGCCUCCCAGCAAAACCAGAUGUGCAGUGCUCUGCUGGCAGUGGGCUUACAAUCAGGGAAGCGUUUCUGGCACAAAGGGCUGCCUUCCCUGCCAAAACUUGGAUAACUGGCUCUCUGGAUGCUGAACUGACCAGGAGCUGUUGCUUCUGUGUCUCCAGUGCUGCUACUCCUUCUGUAAAGCUGCGAGUCUCCAGAGAAACACUACAGUGCUUAUAUUGUUUGUCCAAGCUAUGUAGUGGUGGCUGGUUUGUAUUGCUUGCCUAGUGCUAAAAGGCUUUUUCAAAAUAUGUUAUAGUAUUAUAAUUUAGUGGUCUGUACUUGAGCUGCAAGGUUCUCCUUGCAAAGCUGGCCUGUGCCUGUUGGAUAAUAGAGUGGCUGGCUUGUGAGGAAUGGAGUCCGUUCCUUGCAUGUCUCCUUGCAGUGCAAGUCUUGCCUAAUGGAGGCAGAAAGGAUGUUUUGGAAAUGAAAAUGCAACUGCAAAGACAGGAAAUGUGACCCUACAGCCUGCCGUGUUAGGAGACAUGUACUUGUGGGAGAGGAUCUGCUAUGCUUAGUCACCGGUUGUUUUAUCAGCUGAUCUUGAAAAACUUGUAUUAUACCCUUGUUACCAAAAAUAGAGAUUAGCUGUAGCUGUGUGGUGCUUGUAGGACAGCUGUGGGUUGACAGCCUUGACUGCCUUCUUCAGAACCUUCGUGUUUCUUUAAUCAUAUGUGAUCAAUUAUGUUUUCACCUUGAUGGACAUCUGAAGUCAGCUGUUGGCCAUGUAAGCCCUGAAAAUGCAGUUCUUCCUCCUGUGGACUGUAAAAUAGGGUUUUGUCCAGCUGGGGCCCAGAGUCCUGUGCAGGAGGCUGUGCUCAGGUGUUAUAGGAGCUAAAUGCAAAUGGACCACUUGACUACUCUGUGCUGUGUCCUGUUACAAGAAGGUGACUGUUGUGUACCUACUGUGGUAGAAGUGCCUUGACUGAGAAGGGGACGGUGUGUGUGAUCCCAGAAAUGCUUUGGGAUAAACAGGCUUUGGAAAUGAUGUUCCUUUUAAAAAAGAUCCUCUAAUGGUUUGUUACUCUGUGCCAGGGACUGCUUGGCAGCUAAUGGCAUGACACUGCUCAUGUGUGAGGAUGCUGUGGCUAUACUGGGAUGAACAUUAACUUGCUGGGCUUCCCUCACUGGUCUAGCAGUAGCUGCCAUUUCAACCUGUAAAUGCCCAGAUGCAAAUAACUAACUGUGAGAAGUGGGGUUAUCCUGACACUACCCCUGGAUGUUAAACAAAUGGCAGAUGAGAGCCAUCCCUUUCUUCAAAGAGGUGGCUUGUCUUCUGGGCCUGUGCUGAGGUGAGGUGGCCAGUUUGUGCAGUGCCAAACAACCUCAUAAAACUUCUUGCUUGCUAGUUGAGCAGAAUAACUUAAUCCCUCAUCUCAAAGGGAAAGUGCCAAGUAUUUUGUAGAAAUAGAGGUCAAGGGAAUCUUACUUUUUCUACUGCAUAAGCUUUAUACAUCUUUGGUGCCUAUAAUAGCCAAUGGAUGGGCUGGAGAGAAGCGAUGGGCUGUGCUACUACAGUGGGCUUAACUUUUUAAACCUAGUUUUUAAUUCUGGAGACUACUGUAUAAAAUACUUACAAGCUGUUUUACCUUAAUCUAGAAGGGAUACUAAGAUCACUAUUCAAUGCUGAAAGGGACAAGACCUUGUAGGAAGAGCAGCUAGCCUUCAGCUGCUGCUUUUUCAAAACCCAACAUGUUAUUACUAUGUUUGAUCACCUAGUUGAGGUGGUAAAUCCACUUGCUAGCCCAGAGCUCAUCAGGCUUGGUUCCUCUGUUCAGACAGGUUCCCGAGUCAACCUUUUCCACCUGGUUUCUCUUGAAGGGACUGUUUCCUGGCUUGGCUGGAACCUGGUUUUAAAUUUAAAGCAAGUCUGAGUGAUGCUUUUUUUUUUAGUGGUGUUAAUGCUGUAAGACACUGACUGUAGAAAAAUCAUGUUCUCCUGGCAUGUUCUCGUGCCUAGGGAGAACUGUUCAUGAGCUGAAACAAGGAAUGUGUGUCUGGGGUGCUGUGGAUGCUGGUAUCUUCUUAUGGGGCCUGUUUGUUUUCAGGCUGUGAACGGGGUGUACUUAGGGAGGAAUAUGGAAGGUAAGCUAGAAGAGCAAUGCCAUAAGUAAAAGCUAGGCUGGGAACUGACUAUUUGACUAAUAGCAGUUUAAAAAUACUACUUGUGGCCUGCCCCUUUUCCCUUUUUCCAUUGCCAAUGUGAACACAGAAGUGAGGGGUUGCUCUCCUUGCUCUAGGCCUGGAAGUGCCUUGUGGGGUGUUUUGCAUGUUUGUUUUUAAAAGAUGUUUUUGUACACAACAUUCAAAUGGAAAAUGCACUUUAUAAUUGCCAUGUAAUGACUCUUAAAACUUUGUUUCUGUUUUUAUCUGAUUGUUAAAAUAAAGGUGGAACCAAA